ACUUGUUGAUGGUUUGGCUAUUGCUUUGACUAAAAGUUUGACUGAUGGAAUCGGGACCGGUCUUAAGGGGCUGACCGAUGGUUUGGUUCGUGGAAUUACCGCAGGUUUAACAAAUGGUAUCUCAGGGUCUUUGGUGGAUGUGCUAAAAGUAGGUUUAAACAAUGAUAAAUCAGGGGGACUUGGCGAUCUUACGAAUAGCUUAGGUUUAAAUCAAAUAACUCAAGAUUUGGGAGCAAGUAAAAUUACGAAAAUCCUGAACAAUGUUGAGCAAAAGAUAGUUAGUGGUUUACUCGAUGGGGUGACAGCACCACUACUUGGAGGAGGCACCAUUCCCUCCCUG